AUGGAUAACAGAAACAGAGCUAAAAGAAUAGUGAAUAUGGCAUUGCAAUCUUCGCCGCCGCCAUCUUCAUCGACUUCAACAAAUGAAGAUUUUUCAAGUGAUCAUUCUUCUUACCAUCCACAGCAAAAUGUAGAAAUUUUCACAGAAUUAGAAGACAGUGAAUCGGAAAGAGAUAAGAGGGGACAACAUGUACCUGCUAACAAGCUGUCUGAUGAAAAGUUGAACUGGAUUAAAGACCACAUUAAUAGUUUUCCGAAAUUUGUGAGUCACUAUGGAGAAAGACGAUCAACACGAAAAUAUUUGCGCCCGGAUCUUUCAAUGAACAAAAUGUAUGAACUUUUUAAAGCAAAAUAUACUUGUAAAACCUGUGAUAUGCUCGAGAUAGCACUAAAGACGGAAGAAGAUAUAGAAACAUGCCUAGCUAUAAGGGUACGAAAAGAUCAGCAUAUUAAACUUGCAGGCGAAGUAAGAAACAUAUUAAAUGACUGUAAAGGUAAAGUCAAAACUGACGAACCGUUACCAGCUACUUUUGAUCUGGAACGAACCCUGCCUCUUCCUUAUUUGAAUACAGAACAUUGUGGGGCCAGAGGCUCACAAGAAAUUAUGUCGUCACUUCACUACUUUUUAGAAGAUAUCGUGCCGGACACUGUCAAUACACUGUGUUUUUUUAGCGACUGUUGCUCCGGGCAAAACAGAAACUGGGACGUUUUACACUUUAUGAUGUUUCUGGUUAAUAAAUCGCCAUAUCUAGAAACGAUCACCAUGCAUUAUCUCGUCAGUGGCCAUACUUACCUGCCUAACGAUACCGACUUCUCUUUUAUAAGUCGAGAACUAAAAAAGAAGACUGAUAUCUAUACACCAGAAGAUUGGAUGAAGCUCGUCCGAGACUGCAGAAAACAAAAACCUUUUACUGUGCGAGAUAUGAAAAAUAAGUUUCUAGAUUAUGAAAGCCUCACAACACUAUUCAAAGAUUAUCAGAUUGUAUUAAGAGAAGGCGCAAAAAUUUCUAAGAUGCGGAAGAUAAAGGUUUGUAAAGGUUUAAGUAUAAUCAGUUACAAUGAUGACUACACUGAAACAUAUGAAACAGUUGAUUUAAAACCAAAUGAUAUGGAUUCUGAAACUUUUUUAUGUGACCUAAAGAAUUAUAUACCAGAAAAAGCCCCUGAAACCAGACUAAUAUCGUAUCAAAAAAUGCAAGAUAUUAGAAAAACUCUAAAAUUCGUACCUCCUAUCCAUCAUCAGUUUUACUUGACAUUACCACAUGUUCCUAGAAGAGGUGGCAAUCAGGAAGCACAAGAUGAUGAAAAUUUUUUGCCUGCUGUAUUUGGUGAUGAUUAA